CCACGCGCAGCUCCCCACGUUCACGCACGUAGAUCGGCCCGGCAGCCGAGUGGAGCCAGUACGACAUUCCCCACGUCCAGCACUGCGAAAAGAAGCCAGAGCUCCAUGGUGAGGAUGCGGGCCGCUGACUGGUGUCUGAGCGCGGCGGGAGCUGCCCUCGUCAUGGCCACAUCCAGCGACACGGAGCACCCGGCCCGGAACGUGGCGGACGGAAGUUCCGACACGUUCUGGACGACAACAGGGAUGUUCCCGCAGGAGUUCAUCAUUGGAUUUCCAAAGCGUGUGACCAUCAGCAAAGUGGGCAUCCAGUGCUACCUGGUGCGGAGCUUGAGGAUUGAAAGAAGCGUAUCUAAAGACCCAGUAGACUUUAAAGAGUGCGUUGAAAAAGAUUUGCAGCACACGGAAGGACAGCUUCAAAUGGAAGAAUUUCCUCUUCCUGAUUUUCAGGCCACUUAUUUGCGAUUCAUCAUCAAAUCCGCCUUCGAUCAUUUUGUGUCGGUGCACAGGGUGAUGGCAGAGGGCACAGCAGAAGACACUUAAGUCUGGCUUAAAUUUGUACCUCUUCUUUUUGGUAUUAUAUUUUCGUAUCUCUAUCAUAAGAAAUAUUUAUUACAAACUGUGUUUAGGUCAGACUUUGUUAAUACAUGAAUUAAAGCUCAGUUUCCUGUGAGAUGUUUCCCUUA